GUUGCAGGGAGGAGGGAAGAAGGGUAAAAGCAGGAGGACGAGGAUCUGCGGAGGAGGCGCUGUUCAGCUGCCGGUGCUGAGCCGCUGCUGCGGGCUCCCGGCCCCAGAGUCGGAGAUGCAACCCAGCGGCUGGGUGUCGGUGAUGCUGCUCCUGGGGCUCGCGCUGCAUCUGAUCGGGCUCCCCACGCCUCUUUCAGGGAGCCCCCUGGCGGUGACGGAGGGGAAGGCACCUGGCAAAGUCCUGACGCUCGACCUGAACAGGUCCAAGGUGCGGGAGGUGAGCCUGGCUUUCCUCUCUGUCACCAUCGACUCCAACCUGAUUACCCACCCCAGGUACAUCACCUUCCUGAGUUCCCAGAGGCUUCGAACCUUAGCCAGAGGCUUAUCUCCUGCCUACUUGAGAUUUGGUGGCACCAAGGCUGACUUCCUGAUCUUUGACCCAGAGAAGGAAUCAACCUUUGAGAAAGGAAAUUACUGGGAAGCUCAAAUCAACCCAGAUAUUUGCAACUUUAGUCCCCUCCCUUCUGCCAUGAAGGACCAGUUGGAAUUGGAAUGGCCCUUCCAGGAGUUGUUAUUACUCAAAGAAAGACGUCAGAACUUAUUCGAGAAAGCCACAUUCACAAAAAGCGAACUGGAUUUGUUGUACAGCUUUGCCAAGUGUUCGGGACUGCACCUGAUCUUUGGCGUCAAUGCCUUAAUAAGGAAAAGUAAUUUGCAGUGGGACAGCUCAAAUGCCAAGUUGUUGUUGAAAUAUUGCACCUCCCAGAAGUAUGACAUUUCCUGGGAACUUGGCAAUGAGCCCAACAGUUUCAGGAAGAAAUCUGGCAUGUAUAUUAAUGGGUCCCAACUAGGCAAAGACUUCAUUAAAUUUCAUUCACUUCUAAAAAGAUAUGAUUUAAGAAAUGCAAAACUCUUUGGACCCGAUAUUGGUCAACUUCGGAACAAGAGUGACAAGUUGCUAAGGAGCUUCCUGGAAGUCGGGGGAGGAGUAAUUGAUGCAGUCACGUGGCAUCACUACUAUAUGGAUGGACGAAAUGCUACCCAAGAGGAUUUUUUAAACCCUAAAGUGUUGGAUACAUUUAUUUUCUCAGCACAACAAAUUUUACAGGUCGUGAAGGAGACCAGGCCCGGCAAGAAGAUUUGGUUGGGAGAAACUAGCUCAGCUUAUGGAGGGGGGGCUCCCAAGCUGUCUGACACAUACACGGCUGGUUUUCUGUGGUUGGACAAAUUAGGUCUGUCAGCUAAAAUGGGUAUUGAGGGGGUAAUGAGACAAGUGUUGUUUGGAGCUGGAAACUAUCACUUAGUAGAUGGAAACUUCGAUCCCAUGCCUGAUUAUUGGCUGUCUCUUCUGUUCAAACAACUAGUUGGCACCAAGGUGUUAACAGCUAGCGUGAAGAGUCCAGAUGAAGGGAAACUUCGAUUGUACCUCCAUUGUACAAACAGCAACCAUCCAAAGUACAAAGAAGGAGAUUUAACUUUGUAUGUUCUAAAUCUGCACAAUAACACCAAAUAUCUAAAGUUACCUUCUAAAUUCUGUGGCAAACAUGUGGAAAAAUACAUCUUGGAACCUUCUGAAUACCAAAACCUACUUUCCCAAUCUGUGAAACUGAAUGGCCACGUUCUCAAGAUGGUGGAUAACCAAACAUUGCCAGCACUGAUUGGCAAACCCCUCUGUCUAGGCUGUCCUUUGACUUUGCCACCUUUCUCAUAUGGAUUUUUUGUUAUACUAAAUGCUAAAGUUGUCGCUUGCAUCUAAAAGGUGAAGACUGAUCAAUUUAAUCCUAUGGAUGAACUUCAGGAGUAAUGACCGAAGGAAAGUACAACUUGAAACGUUAUGAAGUCAGGCAAAUAUAUCAUCAUGUGUCAUUGAGUGAAAGCUUCCAAGCAACAAAGACUGGGUCUGAGUGAAUACAUACCAAAACACGAUUCCAAUUUCAAAGCUACAAAGAGCCUAAAUUUUGUAUGUUUUAUAUUUUCAUAUUUUUAAUAAAGUAAUUUAUGGACCCUUAA